AUGGCAAUCCCAGAUAGAGCUCAAGCUAAAGCACAACGAACAAGAAAUCGUAUUAACCAUUCAUUUAAUGGCCAAAAUUUAUUCGGUGAUCCAUUCGCUAUGUCCACUCUAUCUAUUGCAAUAAUAGCAUGGAUCAUAACAAUAGCUGGUUCUAUAUCUUCCGCUGCAGAUAAUGAAGCAUUCCCACGAUUUACAUGGUGGGGGAUCGCUUAUCAAUUCAUAAUAAUUGUCAUACUAAUGAUCUUCUACUCAUAUGAUCUAAUAAAUUACUAUAAACUAUUCUUAACAGGGUCCAUAUCAAUCGCAUUCGUAUAUACAACUAAUAGUGCUACAAAUUUAGUAUAUUCUGAUGGUUCAAGGAAAGCUGCCGCUUCAGCAGGAGUAAUAUUAUUAUCAAUAGUUAAUUUGAUUUGGGUCUUUUAUUUCGGUGGUGAUAACGCUUCCCCAACAAAUAGAUGGAUAGAUUCAUUCUCAUUUAAUGGUAUAAAACCUUCUCCUUACCAAAGUCUAAUAUUGAAAUCAUAUCGUCGUCGUUCCAUGAAUCAUAAGAAUGGCCGAUUACCUACAAAUAACAAUAAUAAUAAUAACACUAGUGGUUACAACAACAAUAUUACCUCUUUGGAUAAUAAUGGGACUUCAAUAGCGGCAAACGAUGAUGGAUUUUAUCAAACGGGUCCACUUCAACACUAUGUCUCAUCAACUGCAUUAACUGGAUUCGAAAAUACUGAACCAUCUUCUCAUUUUAAUGGUUCCAUUCAACAGUUACCAAAUUAUGAUAACAACAACAACAACAACAACACGGCUCAUCACGAAAAUUCACAGAAUGUAAACACUUACAUGACUGAGACAUCUAACGGGAAUACAGCAACGUCAAUGGGUGACACUUUAGGAUUAUAUAGUGAAUUAGAUGAUGAUAAUUUUACAUAUACAGUCAAAGCGUUGUAUUCAUAUCAAGCUGAUGAUGCAGAUGCUUAUGAAAUUUCAUUUGAUCAAGGUGAAAUUUUAAAAGUGUCAGAUAUAGAGGGAAGAUGGUGGAAGGCAAAGAGAGAAAAUGGUCAAACGGGGAUUAUUCCAAGUAACUACGUCGAAUUGAUAGAUACGUAA